AUGAGGACUCUCAUGUUUAACAUGCUUCUGCUCUUUUCAAAUUUAUUCACAAUUAUGCAUGCAUUGGGUCAGUGUCUUCCUGAUCAAAAGUCUGUGCUUCUCCAGAUACGAACUGAAAUCACUUACGAUUCUUCGGAAUCCACCAAGUUGGUGCUGUGGGAUAAAGGAGGUGACUGCUGCCUAUGGCCAGACUUCCCUGAAAAUGGAUUGCUUCAAAGUCUCGCACUUUAUUGUACGAAAUUUUCUGGGAAUUUACCCGAGUCCAUAGGAAACCUCAGACUGCUGUCCUAUAUUGACCUUGCAUAUUGUGAUUUUAGCGGAUCAAUCCCUGUUUCUAUUAUAAAGCUUAGAAAGCUUGUUGAGCUGAGUUUUUCCCAAAAUUCAUUUUCAGGACCCAUUCCAGCAUCACUAUUUUUCCUGCCAUCACUUCAAACCUUAUAUCUGGUUGGAAACAAGCUUUCUGGUCAUAUAAAUGAAUUACGAAAUGUGACUUCUCAAUUGCAAUCUCUUGAUUUGAGUGACAACAACUUGGAAGGGACAAUACCUUCAUUCUUCUUUCGACUUCAAAGCCUUACAUCACUAGAUCUUUCAUCAAACAAAUUUUUUGGUCAAAUGAUUGAUUUGCAAAAUGUGACUUCUCAAUUGCAAUCUCUUGAUUUGAGUGACAACAACUUGGAAGGGACAAUACCUUCAUUCUUCUUUCGACUUCAAAGCCUUACAUCACUAGAUCUUUCAUCAAACAAAUUUUUUGGUCAAAUGAUUGAUUUGCAAAAUGUGACUUUUCAAUUGCAAUCUCUUGAUUUGAGUGACAACAACUUGGAAGGGACAAUACCUUCAUUCUUCUUUCGACUUCAAAGCCUUACAUCACUACAUCUUUCAUCAAACAAAUUUUUUGGUCAAAUGAUUGAUUUGCAAAAUGUGACUUCUCCACUUGAAUCUCUUGAUUUGAGCGCCAACAACUUGGAAGGGACAAUACCUUCAUUCUUCUUUCGACUUCAAAACCUUACAUCACUAUAUCUUUCAUCAAACAAAUUUUUUGGUCAAAUGAUUGUGCAAAAUGUGACUUCUCCACUUGAAUCUCUUGAUUUGAACGCCAACAACUUGGAAGGGACAAUACCUUCAUUCUUCUUUCGACUUCAAAACCUUACAUCACUCGAUCUUUCAUCAAACAAAUUUAACAGUAUUGUACCUCUAACAAAAUUUAAAAGCCAGUACCUUGACUUUCUCGACUUUUCCAAUAACAACUUAGUUGAGACAACCAUAAGCACAUCAGAACUUCCCUUACUCCCUCAGUUUAGAGAGUUAAAUUUGGCCUCCUGCAAUUUGCAAAAAUUUCCUGAUUUUUUGAAAAGCCAAUCUAAAUUGUGGGGGUUAGAUCUUUCCAACAACACUAUUAGUGGAGAAAUUCCUAACUGGAUAUGGGGAAUUGGUAAUGGGCAACUCUCAUACCUCAAUCUUUCUCACAAUCGUUUGACGCAUAUGAAAGAGCCAAUGGAAUAUGGUUCUCUUACUUUCCUUGAUCUAAAUUCUAAUAUGCUAAGUGGACAGAUUCCACGACCACCACCUGAGGCACAGUAUUUAGACUUCUCCAACAACAAUUUCUCCAUGAUUCCUCUUCAUAUUGCUGAUCAAAUCCCAUAUCACCUUUAUUUCUUUUCCAUGGCAAAAAAUAGAGUAAGUGGAAAGAUCUCAACUUCCUGGUGUCGAGCAGCCUAUCUGGAAGUGCUUGACUUGUCCCACAAUGCUUUGCAUGCCACAAUACCAUCAUGUCUGGUUCAAAAUAACAGCAAUCUCAUUGUAGUGAAUCUUAGAGGAAAUCAUUUAAGUGGUGAGAUAUCACUUAAGUUUCAACACAGUUGUUCUUUAGAGACAUUGGAUCUUAGUCAGAAUCUCUUAGAAGGGAAAGUUCCUCCCUCCUUGAUCAACUGCACAGAGCUUAAGAUCUUAAAUCUUGGAAACAACAAAAUAAGUGAUGCCUUUCCUUGUUGGCUCAAUAAAUUGUCAAAUCUGCACAUUCUGGUAUUGCGUUCCAAUCAUUUUCAUGGAAGCAUUUCUUGUCCCAUGCUUGGGGUAAACAACAGCUGGCCAAGUUUACAAGUCAUUGACCUAUCUUCCAAUAAUUUCAGUGGACAUCUACCAACUGAUUUAUUCUUGGCAUUAAAAGCUAUUUUGGUUGAGAGGAAUGAAUUAAACUCAAAGGUUGACAACUUGCACUUCGCAUCUCAAUUACAUGGGAUUAACUAUCAAGACUCAGUCUCACUUUCUCUAAAAGGACAAAUUUACACUAUAGAGAAGGUUCUAUCUAUCUUCACUUCUAUUGAUUUUUCAAGUAAUCAAUUUGAAGGCAGUAUACCAGAGUGUGUUGGAGACCUUAAACAGCUUCAUGUCCUCAACAUCUCUCACAAUGCCCUAACUGGCAAUAUUCCUCCAUCUCUUCAAAACUUGAAAGCUUUGGAAGCACUGGACCUCUCAUUCAACAACCUAACAGGAAAUAUCCCGGUGCAACUAGAGAUCCUAGCCUUCCUGGAAGUGCUGGACUUGUCCUACAACGCUUUGCAUGGCACAAUACCGUCAUGUCUGGUUCAAAAUAACAUCAAUCUCGUUGUAGUGAAUCUUAAAGGAAAUCAUUUAAGUGGUGAGAUAUCACUGAAGUUUCAACAAAGUUGUUCUUUAGAGACAUUGGAUCUUAGUCAAAAUCUCUUAGAAGGGAAAGUUCCUCCCUCCUUGAUCAACUGCACAGAGCUUAAGAUCUUAAAUCUUGGAAACAACAAAAUAAGUGAUACCUUUCCUUGUUGGCUCAAUAAAUUGUCAAAUCUGCACAUUCUGGUAUUGCAUUCCAAUCAUUUUCAUGGAAGCAUUUCUUGUCCCAUGCUUGGGGUAAACAACAGCUGGCCAAGUUUACAAGUCAUUGACCUAUCUUCCAAUAAUUUCAGUGGACAUCUACCAACUGAUUUAUUCUUGGCAUUAAAAGCUAUUUUGGUUGAGAGGAAUGAAUUAAACUCAAAGCCUGACUACUUGCACUUCACAGGAGAAGAUUCAGUAAUACUGUCUCUAAAAGGACAAAGUUACACUAUAGAGAAGAUUCUAUCUAUCUUCACUUCUAUUGAUUUUUCAAGUAAUCAAUUUGAAGGCAGUAUACCAGAGAGUGUUGGAGAGCUUAAACAGCUUUAUCUACUAAACAUCUCUCACAAUGCCCUAACUGGCAAUAUUCCUCCAUCUCUUCAAAACUUGAAAGCUUUGGAAGCACUGGACCUCUCAUUCAACAACCUAACAGGAAAUAUCCCGGUGCAACUAGAGAUCCUAACCUUCCUGGAAGUCUUAAACUUGUCAUACAACCAUCUCGUUGGAAGGAUUCCAAGAAGCACUCAAUUGGAUACCUUUGAUGCAAGCUCAUUCAAGGGAAACAAGGGGCUAUGUGGAUUCCAAAUUAAUGUAUCAUGCUCUGGCAUCGAUGAACCAGCAUCCCCAAUACCAGAAUCAGAAGAGAAAGAAUCAACUCACCACGUUGAUAUCUACAUUAGCGUUGCAUUUGGAUUUGUUGCAGGUCUAGGAGGAAUCUUUGUGCCACUUUUGCUAUCCAGCAAAUGGAGAUCAUAUUAUAACAAGAUGAUAGAUGGAAUUCUGUCAAAGAUAUUCUUUCAGAGAGGUCAAGGGAGAAGAAAGAAGUCUCGUUAGCAAAACUUCUUUUCAAUCAACAAUUUUGGUGCUUAUAUUCUUCUCGUCAACCACCUAAGUUGCUUAGCGGUGUAAAAAAAAGGCUAAAUUUUUGACUCCACACUCCGAACUUACAUGAAUAAGCUAAAAGAGUCAGGGAAGCACCUUCAAUUGGUUGUUCGUCCCAGCUGCCUAAUGAUGAUGAUGAUUUUGUGGAAGAUCCGGCUGUUGGUGUUCAAAGAAUGCAUUAGGAACUUGUUAGGGAUGCUCCGGAUGAGCGAGUAUAUUUUCCAACUCUUAGAAUUAGAAUUCCACCUUUGCUUUUUGUAAAGGCGUUGGAAGAUCUUACGACACAGUAGUGGAAUGACAUUUUUAA